AUGGCAGAAAACCCCAAGACGAAAGUCGAAAGCUCGGAUAAAUCCCAAACUUUCUUCCAAAACCUAUCGAUAGACACUAGCAAGACUCCAUCCCGGUCCACACCAUCAUCGCCCCUUAGCCUCAGGAAAACUGCUAGCGUUCGAAACAGCUGCCUGUGCUCACCCACCACACAUGCUGGCUCCUUCAGAUGCCGACUCCACCGGGCCCACCCGGGCCUUAGGCACGGCAGCAUGUCUGUGGGGUCAAAGCUCUCGGAACUUGCCGGAAAAUCGGAUGGAGGCUCGUCGUGA